GCAGGGAGUGUACUUUCUCCCGGAACAGUAGUUCUAUUGCCCCAACCUGGGCUCGGUUAGCUGCCAGUCCACCUGGAGGCAGCCCCAGAGCCAGCAUCUGGGCCAGGGCCCAACACCCCCAUGUCUGUGCAGCCGCAGCCGCCCGCCGCCUCCUGUGACCCGGUGACCCCGGAGGCCCGUCUGGGCCCGGUGACCCCGGAGCCCCGGGCAUCCGGACCCCCCUCACAGGCGCAGCCGCUAUUAAGGCAGGAGGCUACCAGGGAGGAGGAAGGGGAGGAGACAGGCGGCCAGGGCGCCUGGGGCACCGGCACGGCGGAGCAGCGGCGGCGAGGUUGGGGGGAGGCCGACGAGGGCCCGGGGCAGGCCGGCGGCACCGGGGCCGCGGGCUCGGGCUCCCCGGCGGGCGGCGCGGGCGACGGGCAAGGGAGCUGGUGGCUGCUCCUCGGCUGGCCCCCUCGCCGGCCGCCCCAGUGCUGCCCCUGCGCGGCGCCCCUUCCCCGCUCCGCCGCGCACUGUUGUCAUGGAGGAACCAAGAUGGCGGCUCUGGCCUACAACCUGGGCAAGCGGGAGAUCAACCACUACUUCAGCGUGAGGAGCGCCAAGGUGCUGGCGCUGGUGGCCGUGCUGCUGCUCGCCGCGUGCCACCUCGCGUCCCGCCGCUACCGAGGCAAUGACUCCUGUGAAUACCUUCUCUCAAGCGGCAGAUUCCUUGGAGAGAGAGUCUGGCAGCCGCACAGUUGCAUGAUGCAUAAGUACAAAAUAAGUGAAGCAAAGAAUUGCCUUGUAGAUAAACACAUUGCGUUUAUUGGAGAUUCCAGGAUCCGCCAAUUAUUUUAUUCUUUUGUAAAAAUCAUUAACCCCCAGUUUAAAGAAGAAGGAAAUAAGCAUGAAAACAUUCCUUUUGAAGAUAAGAUUGCAUCAGUUAAAGUGGAUUUUCUUUGGCAUCCAGAAGUUAAUGGUUCUAUGAAACAGUGUAUCAAGGUGUGGACUGAGGACUCAGUUGCAAAACCCCAUGUGAUUGUAGCAGGAGCAGCCACGUGGUCCAUCAAGAUUCACAAUGGCAGCGAGGAAGCACUAUCUCAAUAUAAAACGAACAUCACCUCCAUAGCACCGCUCUUAGAAAAAUUGGCCAAGACUAGUGAUGUUUAUUGGGUCUUACAAGACCCAGUUUAUGAAGAUCUCUUAAGUGAAAAUAGAAAAAUGAUCACUAAUGAGAAAAUAGAUGCGUACAAUGAAGCCGCAGUCAGCAUUCUGAACAGUAGCACCAGAAACUCAAAGUCUAAUGUCAAGAUGUUCAGUGUUUCCAAACUAAUUGCUCAAGAAACCAUCAUGGAGUCUUUGGAUGGCUUACACCUCCCUGAAUCAAGCAGAGAAACUAGUGCAAUGAUUCUCAUGAACGUGUACUGUAAUAAAAUCCUGAAGCCUGUGGAUGGUUCCUGUUGUCAGCCCCGGCCUCCUCUUACUCUCAUCCAGAAGCUAGCUGCUUGUUUUUUCACUUUAUCCAUAUUUGGGUAUUUAAUUUUCUAUGUAAUUCAUCGUAACACUCACCGGAAGAAUAAACCAUGUACUGAUUUGGAAAGUGGUGAGGAAAAGAAGAAUAUUAUCAAUACUCCUGUGUCUUCAUUAGAAAUACUUUUACAGUCUUUCUGCAAACUUGGCCUGAUUAUGGCUUAUUUCUAUAUGUGUGACCGUGCAAACCUGUUUAUGAAGGAAAACAAAUUUUAUACACAUUCGUCAUUCUUUAUUCCAAUUAUCUACAUCCUGGUUUUGGGAGUGUUUUACAAUGAGAAUACAAAAGAGACUAAAGUAUUAAAUAGAGAACAAACAGAUGAAUGGAAAGGCUGGAUGCAGCUGGUGAUUCUGAUCUAUCACAUCUCAGGAGCAAGUACAUUUCUUCCUGUGUACAUGCACAUCCGAGUUCUGGUUGCUGCAUAUCUGUUUCAGACAGGCUAUGGGCAUUUCUCUUACUUUUGGAUCAAAGGGGAUUUUGGAAUCCACAGAGUGUGUCAGGUCUUAUUUCGUCUCAAUUUCCUGGUUGUGGUGUUAUGUAUCGUAAUGGAUCGACCUUAUCAAUUCUAUUACUUUGUCCCCUUGGUCACCGUGUGGUUCAUGGUCAUAUAUGUCACUUUAGCGCUGUGGCCACAAAUAAUCCAAAAAAAGGCAAAUGGAAACUGUCUCUGGCAUCUUGGCUUACUGUUGAAACUAGCCUUUUUGCUGCUGUGCAUAUGUUUCUUGGCAUACUCUCAGGGUGCAUUUGAGAAGAUCUUUUCUCUUUGGCCACUUUCCAAGUGUUUUGAACUGAAAGGGAAUGUAUAUGAAUGGUGGUUCAGAUGGAGGCUAGACCGUUACGUGGUCUUCCAUGGGAUGCUGUUUGCUUUCAUUUAUCUGGCUUUACAGAGACGUCAGAUACUUUCUGAAGGAAAGGGUGAACCUCUUUUUUCAAACAAAAUUUCCAACUUUCUGUUGUUUAUUUCAGUAGUGUCUUUCCUGACCUAUUCCAUCUGGGCUAGCAGUUGUAAAAAUAAAGCAGAGUGUAAUGAGCUCCACCCAUCUGUGUCUGUGGUACAGAUUGUGGCCUUCAUCCUAAUAAGAAAUAUCCCUGGAUAUGCCCGUUCUGUUUACAGUUCAUUUUUUGCUUGGUUUGGAAAAAUUUCACUGGAGCUGUUUAUUUGCCAGUAUCACAUAUGGCUGGCAGCAGACACGAGGGGCAUCUUGGUCCUCAUCCCUGGAAACCCUACUCUCAACAUCAUCGUCAGCACUUUCAUCUUCGUCUGUGUGGCUCAUGAAAUUUCUCAGAUCACUACUGACCUCGCGCAGGUCAUCAUUCCUAAAGAUAACCCGUCUCUCUUUAGAAGGCUGGCAUGUACGCUUGCAUUCUUUGGCGGAUUGCUCGUCCUAUCCUCCAUUCAAGAUAAAUCAAGACCCUAGCUUCCUGAAACCCUACAAACAAACUCUUUGGGCUUACUUUGCAUCUGCCUAGACAGGAAAAUCAUCUGUCUAAAGUUAUCAAUGACUGUAAAUAUGAACAUUUGGCUAGGGGACAGUUUUGUGGUGUCCGUUGAACUUGUGUGAAUGUAUAUAUCAGCACUGUAUAUAUCUGAUGUGAAAUGCAUUAAAAAUAAUGAACCAGAAUGUAUCAUAGAGGAGUGCAUGUGGAGAAGACUUUUCUACUGGAUCUAGGUCUCCAUUUGUAGGUGAUGAUAGUUAACAAAUGAAGGCAGGGAAACGAUGACUCUCCAGUAAAAACAUGUAAGUUACCCAAUUAGCUUAGUGACACCACUGAGUGUUUUGAUAUCCUGUAACUCUGUGGUAAUGGUCCCGUCUGCCUCUGUACUCACAGAACCUCCCGUUCGCUGAAGACUUAGUACCGAAGUGACUUGCAGUGUCUCUUUCUGUCUUACGUGCAAUGAUGCGGAAUGAGAAGCAGUAUGUCUGUAACCCAUAUGUAGUCUAUCCGCUGUGUGUUUCCUAACGUGCUUUUUUUUUCUAACUGUGGUUUGCAGGUGUGUAAGCCUGUAUCUUUGUACCCUCUGCCCUUCACAGAGUUGUUCUAAAGCUCUGUGUCAAGGUCUUGUUAUUGUGGAUGUUGUCGUUGAUUAUUUUUUAAAAGGCCAAAUUUUCCUUCCAAUCUGAACAUUCUAGUUCUUUUCCCUAAACUAUACCAGGAUAAAAAUAAUCUACCCUGUGGAUCCAUUAAUAUUUUCUGGCCACUAAUUAAGUAUUACAUAUUAUUUCCAAUGUUUGGAAAGCUCUUUAUAACCAUUUUGGUAUUGCCUAUUAUUCCCUCAUAUAUUUUUUUUACAAUAUUUAUCAGCCUGAACCUGUGCAACAUAAUGAAGUUGAUUGAAAUGUAUGAUCAUAGUAAAAUGUUAAGUAAACUGCUGACUUUGGACAACAAAUGAUCUGUUCAGUCUUUUUAAUAAGGUGUUAGAGGUAUACAUUUAUUUAUCUGUUGUACAGAUCUGAUUAUGAUUUUUAAUGUAUGAAAUAUUGUACUUACUUGCUUUUAUUCUGUGUGUGGUAAGAUAUAUUUUCUGUUCAUAGUGUGUGACAAUAAGGAGUAAUUUAAACAGUAAAUAAACAUUCAGUGGAUGCUUAUUUUUGUAUUGGCAAAGUA